AUGGGCUCCUGUGUGGGCAAGGAGCGUGGUGUCGCCUCAUCAGCUUGUGCUCUUCCGGAAAAGGGUCCAAUUCCUUCACUUGCUCGUCCUUUAUCCACAGUUCCCACUCCAUCAAGAGCUCUCUACACAUCAGCUCCUGGCAGCCCUCCGCCAUCACCCCGACCCGCACACAUUGCACUUUUUGACUACGAAGCGAGAACUGAUGACGAUUUGAGUUUUCGGAAAGGAGAGCUGCUAGACGUGGUGGACACAACGCAAGGCGAAUGGUGGUUUGCUCGUUCGCGCUCAUCUGGUCGAACUGGGUACAUCCCGUCGAAUUACGUGGCCCAAGAGAAGAGCCUCGACGCACAGCCAUGGUACUUUGGACGGGUUCGUCGGGCGGAAGCUGAGAAAGCUUUACAACAAUCAGAUGGUGGAAGUGGAGUGUUUCUCGUGAGAGAAAGCGAGAGUCGACACUCGGAACUCUCGCUUUCCGUCAGAGAAGGUGACUCAGUGAAGCACUACCGUAUUCGCUCACUCGAUCAAGGCGGUUUCUUCAUUGCUCGUCGCCGACCGUUCACCACACUCACUGAGCUCAUUCAACACUAUCAACAGGACGCUGACGGUUUGUGUGUCCCGUUGACAAGCCCUUGUCCGAAAACCGAUCUACCGCAAACGUCAACAUUUACAUAUGACGAUCAAUGGGAAGUCGAUCGACGAACCGUGCGACUCAUUCGACAAAUUGGCGCUGGACAGUUUGGAGAGGUCUGGGAGGGUCGUUGGAAUAACAAUGUGCCGGUGGCAGUUAAACGUUUGAGAGCCGGUGCCGCUGAUCCGUCCGAUUUCCUUGCCGAGGCGCAGAUCAUGAAAAAGUUGAAACACCCCCGUCUCCUGCAAUUGUACGCGGUGUGCACUCGCGAGCAGCCGAUUCUCAUUGUCACCGAGUUAAUGAGCGAGAAUUUAUUGCACUUCUUACAGGGUCGAGGUCGACAAAGCUCAAUUCGACAACUUGUUGACAUGGCUGCACAGGUGGCUUCUGGGAUGAGCUACUUAGAGUCGAAGAACUUCAUUCAUCGAGAUUUAGCUGCGCGGAACAUUUUGGUCAAUCAAUCGCAUAGUGUCAAGAUAGCCGACUUUGGUUUGGCUCGAUUAUUGUUGAAGGAGAGUGAGUACGAGGCACAUCCCGGGGCCCGGUUUCCUAUAAAAUGGACUGCUCCGGAAGCGGCAAACUUCAACAAGUUCACCACAAAGUCUGACGUUUGGAGUUUUGGAAUUUUGUUGACGGAAAUGGUGACAUACGGACGGAUACCGUAUCCAGGGAUGACGAACGCUGAAGUACUCCAACAAGUCGAACAGGGUUACAGAAUGCAAUGCCCGCCAAAUUGUCCGCCCGCUCUUUAUGAGAUUAUGAUACAGUGCUGGCGAGCCGACCCGGAGAAGCGGCCGACAUUCGAGACGCUAGAGUGGCGAUUAGAGGAGCUGUUCUCCGUUGACGGCUCCGAGUAUAAAGAGGCUGCACUUUCAUAU